AUGGAUGAACUGAGAGACUCCAACGCUGCGAAGAAUGUUCCAAAGUCAGGGCGAAGGGCGCGCCUUGGUGCCGAUCAGUCUUCAUUUGAGGAGAGUCGACACGGAAGAAAGUUUUCAAGCUCCGGUGGAGAGGGUCCUCCAGUCAAACCCACGCGCAGACAGGGCGGCUGGGCUGAAGAAAGCGCCGGUUCUGGAUCUGCCAAAUCGUCCAGACGGCCUGCGACUGAGGACAUGGAGGACCGGCGAUUGCGGCCGCAGACUCCGGAGGGAUCGGAUGAUGAAGGAGAUAUCCCAGUCAUCCCAGACCUUGACGAGGUGCAGGAGGAAGAUCUCACCAUGCAAAUCGCAGCUCCACCAAGUAUCCAGGUGAACCGGGUGAUGACCUACAGAGACCUGGACAAUGACCUGAAGUACUACUCCGCCUUUCAGACAUUAGACGGAGAGAUUGACUUGAGGCUCCUCACCAAGGUUUUAGCACCGGAGCAGGAGGUGAAGGAGGACGAUGUGAGCUGGGACUGGGAUCAUCUGUUUACAGAGGUGUCCUCAGAGCUGCUGAUGGAAUGGGAUCAAGGAGAGAGUGAGGAACUGUAUCUGCCGGUUUGCCCCUUCCUCCCGCCCCUGCCGAGCCGCGAAGUGCCCAUCCAUGUAGAGACAACCUCUAGCUGUCUCUGUGGAGGAGUGUGCGCCUGCCACUCCCUGGCUGGCAGCUGGCCCGAGCCCAGCCGAGGUGCACCGAGGCUGGGCAAGAGGACGCAGAUUAGGACCCACUGA